UGAGUCUACCUGAGGGCUGAAAAAAACCCAUGUCCUCACUUACCUCCGUUUUGAUCCGAUCCCUCUCUGUCAUCGCGACAAACCCUCGUCGCUGGAGCGAUUUCCACUACAUGCGUCCGAAAAUCUAGAUUUGGAUUCAUUCUGGUCCCAUGGAUCUCGGAGGCGGAGUGGAUUUCUCGACGGCGGCGGCGGCGGCGAGAUUAGCGGCGUCGAACUUGUCGAGUUGGUGGGACGAGAUCAACGAGUCGCCCAAGUGGCAGGACGGCGUGUUCUACUUCCUCUGCGCCGCAUACGCACUCGUCUCCUACGCCGCCCUGGUUCAGUUGAUUAGAAUCCAAUUACGUGUACCCCAAUAUGGUUGGACCGCUCAGAAGGUUUUCCAUUUUAUGAAUUUGAUUGUGAAUGGAGUGCGUGCAUUUGAAUUUGGAUUUCACACGCAAGUAUUUCUAUUCAGGCCCAAGGUAUUUACUAUAGCUCUACUGGAUCUUCCAAGUCUGUUUUUCUUCUCUACGUAUACACUGCUUGUGUUGUUCUGGGCAGAAAUAUACAAUCAGGCUAGAAAUUUCUCAACAGACAAAAUAAGGAUUGCGUACAUUUGCAUCAAUACUGCCAUUUAUAUUUUCCAGGUGUGUAUCUGGGUAUACUUGUUGUUAAGUUACAGCAGCAUAGUAGAUUCAUUGGGGAAAAUCUUUAUAGCAGUGGUUUCAUUCAUAGCUGCACUUGGAUUUGCAAUUUUUGGUGGCAGGCUGUUUUGCAUGCUGCGGCGAUUCCCAAUUGAAUCAAAAGGGAGGAGAAAGAAACUUCAUGAGGUUGGAUCUGUCACAGGCAUAUGCUUUGCAUGUUUUCUUAUCCGAUGCAUUGUGGUUGGACUGUCUGCAUUCAACGCAAAUGCCUCUCUGGAGGUUUUGGAUCAUCCCAUUCUAGACCUUGUAUAUUACAUGCUGACUGAGAUACUCCCCUCAGCGCUUGUGCUGUACAUACUUCGUAGGCUACCUCCAAAGCGAGUGUCAACGCAAUACCACCCUAUCCAAUAGUGGAGGAGCUAAAUACUAUUUUGAGCUUGGCAUUGUGGGCUUCUGUUUAUAUUGGGGACAAUAAAACGAAGGAAAUGGUGAACAGCAUUUAAUUUAUUAUUGCUUUUCCAUUAUAUCUCUGGAUCCUUGAUUCUUGAAUGAUAACUUAUGAUCCUCCGUGUUGAUCUUGGGACGGAUUGACGGGAACGCUGGGAGCAAGCGUAUUUGCCUUUUGCCACCUUGAAUGAUAACUUAUGAUAAUUUUUUUUUUGUUAAAUUAUAUAUAUAUAUACACACACCAUUUGAGAGAUUUGUUCUCGACAAAAAAUGAUGAAUUUGUUGUUACUGAAUGUUUGGCUGGUUUGAUCAAUACUUCUUGAUCUA